UGGUCGCGGUGCCUUGCUGGAUGUUGAGUAUAACACAUUUAACAGUAACACAAAUUUAUGUUUAAUUCCUGUUCAAUUCCUGUUUCAUUCCACACCAUGAGGAGUAGAAGAGUAGAGGAUCUUUAAAUAACUGAGUAUAAUCCUGCAAAACUGCUUUUGUCUGUAGUGUGCCAAGUUUUGCAUGUUUAUUACAACAUAACUUCUAAACUCCGGUUAUUAUAAUUCUUGAAAUUUCUGGUCCCUCUCUCCCUGAACGGCAACGUGGGCAUGUAAUAGUAUUACAGGUUAUUAACUCUCUCUCGCUCUCUGAAAUGGGAGUAAAUGUUUUUCUGUUUCAGGUUUUUACCUAGCAGGAAGAUUUGCAAAUGCAACGUACGUUCACUACAUUUCUAUUUUAACUGGUUGUACUGGUUUUCUAACGCGAGAUUCUGGUUAGGUUGGGUUUGGUUCUAUAAAAUAUGAGGACUAUGUUGGUCAGUCACUAUUUCCGAUUUAAGCUGUUUGAGUUUGCGUCUGAAGACUAGUUUACUACCAAAGACAUCAUGCCACGAGCAACUGGGGUAAGGGGAUUUUUGGAGAGGUUGGAUAGAGGACCAGUGAUUGGAGAUGGUGGGUUUGUGGUCGCUCUUGAGAAACGAGGAUAUGUUGAAGCUGGACCCUGGACUCCCCAGGCUGUGAUUGAACACCCAGAGGCCGUGAAACAACUUCACAGAGAAUUCCUGAGGGCAGGGUCGGACGUUUGCCAAGCUUUCACUUUCUACGCCAGUGAGGACAAGUUGAAGAACCGAGGAAACAGUGCAGGUUCCUAUGGGGUAAAAGCAAUUAACCAAGCUGCCUGUGACAUAGUAAAAGAAGUAGCCUACCCAGAAGGAUCUCUUGUAGCUGGAGGAGUAUCCCAAACUCCCACCUACAUGAAUACCACUGACAAGGCCCUGGUGCAGGCUGAGGUCAGGAAACAGUGCGCAGUCUUUAAAGAGACCGGGGUUGAUCUUAUGAUUUGCGAGUACUACGACCAUGUGGAGGAGGCUGAGUGGCACGUAGAAGCCGUCAAAGACUUCAUGCCCGGAGUUCCCGUAUGCGCCAGUCUCUGCAUCAACGAGGAUACUGAUGUUCACGGUGUCCCAACUGGAGAGUGCGGAGUAAAGUUGGCACGAGCAGGCGCUGAUGUUAUCGGAAUCAACUGCCAUUACGAUCCAUUCAGAUGUAUAAAAGCGGUUAAGAAGAUGAUUAAAAAUGUCAAAGCAGCUGGUUUUGAUAAGGUACAUUUCAUGAUCCAGCCUCUUGCGUUCAUGACCCCCGAUGCCAGUGUCCAAGGCUUCAUUGACUUACCAGAAUUUCCCUUCGCUCUUGAACCUAGAACUUGCACAAGAUUCGAAAUGCAAAGAUAUGCAAGAGAAGCGUAUGAAGCAGGUAUCAGAUAUAUUGGAGGGUGUUGUGGGUUUGAGCCGUAUCACAUCAGAGCAGUAAGUGAGGAACUGUCAGCAGAGAGGGGAGGCUACCAGCCCGCUGGUGCCAUCAACUGGGGCGAGUGUCUCUUGAUGAACACCAAACCUUGGGUCAGAGCCCGAGCUAGCAAGGAGUAUUGGCAGAACCUGAAACCGGGCACUGGUCGACCUCACUCGAGCUCAUUUAGCAAGUGUGACCAGUGGGGAAUCACAGCAGGCCACGAGUUGAUGAGUCAACACGAAGAGGCAACCGGAGAUGAGGCACUAAAAAAGGCACUUGAGUUUAAGAAGAGGAUGGAGAAUGUGGAGAUUAUUAUCAAUGCGUAAGGGAGUGUGUUGAGGCACGCGUAUCUACUUUUAGUUUUACUUGUAGCUAAUUAGCAUAUAAUAAUAAUAAUAGCACACAGCAAGGACAUGUUACUGAUCUACCUAGUAUCGGACGUUAUUUGACCGGACAUUGCGUGUAGUAGUGAACCUGCGAUGGGGUGGCAUGUCAGCAUAUGCCUCAAUAGGAAUUAUUAGGAUAUUACAAACAUUUAUUAUAUCAAUUUUAUCAUAUUAUAAUUCGACAAUAUCAAUAAAUUAUGGUCGAUCCUUCACAUUAUUUUAGUUUUUAAUCUUUUUCGCCGUCAUUGGCGAUAAAACUUGUGUAUUGCAUGAUACUGCAGUUAUUAUAGUUAUACUUAUAGCUGGACUUAAGUAUUUGUUUGUGGCAAUUUUUGGUACACGAUUUUUUUUCUGAUUUUGAAAUGAAGGGAGCUAAGUUUAUGGUGACAAUGUAUAAUGAAGCAUGGUUAAAAUUAUGAAUUUCAACAAUCACAUUUUACAAUGUUUUAAAUACAUAAAAUUUACCACCCAACAACUGUAUUCACACCAAGGAGAAA